UGCUGUGACACCGGAAGUGAAUAGUGCCAUCCGAAACGAGCCAAGCUGCGGCAGACAGAGGCUGCGAGGGCAAAGAUUGCACCUGAGCGAAAACAAACGCUACUUGAAGACGGGUAGCUUUCUAAUAAAAUCGACUUGCAUCCUCUCGUAAAUUUGGCAAACCAAUGAAAACGCGAAACUCACAGAAUCUCAUUUGCGGAAUAGUUUUUUUCGUAGCUAGCUAUGUUUGAUAGAAAACAUGACGAAUCCAGCAGUGACUGUCUCGUAGCAGCGACAAUGCUCAGGCCUGUCACAACCGGCUUGUUCAGAUUUUGUCCGUCACAUCAAUGACCAUGGAUGUCAGAGCAGUUCUGGAGUUUGCUACACUCACUAGGGGUUUGUCACUGUUUUUGCAGGCUGUCUUCAAUGCUGCCAUCCCUGACCAUGAUGCUGAUGCAUUCAGGCCCCCACGGACAGAGGAGCCUCUAUACUUGGACUCUGCAGUUGAGUGGUUGUUGGGUGGCCUCUCUCACUGGGAUGCUGAGCAUUUCCUCUUCAUUGCUGAGAGGGGUUACCUUUAUGAGCACAACUUUGCUUUUUUCCCCCUCUUCCCUGUUGUUCUCCGAGGUCUGGCAGAGACGCUGCUGUGGCCCCUGAGCAGCUGGCUGAGUGUGCGGGGGCGUUUGCUGGUGGCUGUGGCUCUGGGGAACAGUGCCCUCUUCCUGCUGAGUGUGGUCGCCUUGCAUGCCCUUAGUAGAAUCGUUCUUCAGGACAGACGUCUUGCUCUGCUGUCCAGCCUGCUCUACUGUGUCACACCUGCAAAUGUUUUCAUGACCGCUGGAUACUCUGAGAGCCUGUUUGCUGCACUAACAUUUGGUGGCCUUUACCUGCUGGAAAAAGGAUUCACCUUCCGAGCCUGCCUGGCCCUCAGUAUAGCCACUGCAGCACGAUCCAAUGGACUUGUUAACAUUGGGUUUCUGUUGUACCUUCCAUCACUGCACGCAAUUUCCCAGAUUCGUGUUUAUCGAACAACGACAAAAGGCCACAGUAAAGUCUUCCACUAUAUUUGGGUCAUCAUUCGUCUUCUGCUAACAUCCCUCUUAGGAACUGCAAUUAUUGCCCUUCCCUUCUGUGCUUUCCAGUACUAUGGCUAUAGGACGUUUUGCACACCAUCGGUGUCCCUGGAACGGAUACCCACUGCUCUUCUGUCGCUGGCUGAACGGAAGGGCUACCGUGUUCCAGAUGAAAAUGGUCCGCCACCCCUCUGGUGCAUGAGACCCCUCCCCUUGCUUUAUUCUCACAUCCAGGAUGUAUAUUGGGAUGUGGGCUUCCUUCGCUACUUUGAGCUGAAGCAGAUACCGAACUUUAUUUUGGCUCUACCUAUGGCUACCCUUGGCAUAAUGGCGGCCUAUGCAUAUUUUCAAGCAAAUCCAGAUCUGUGUCUAAGACUCGGACUUUGGGAGACAGGUGCAAAUAAAGGGCUCGACAAACCCAUGCCGGGAAUGUUCAGCCCCAGAGUGUUUGUUUAUGUUGUGCAUUCAACGGUACUUCUGGUGUUUGGAACGUUGUGCAUGCAUGUGCAGGUUCUAACCAGAUUCAUGGCCUCCUCGUCACCCGUGCCCUUCUGGAUAAGUGCUCAUCUGCUCCUCCUUAAUGAACCCCUUCUUCAUCGAAGGAGAACAUCAAACCCCAGCGUACAGCUACAGACACAUUCUAGAAAUGGAUGCCAGCACACACCUCAAAAUCCCAUCAUUGCUCUGCUGCCACACUUCACAGUCUGUUCUCCGACCACGCAGAGCAUCCUGGGCUACUUCCUCUGUUACUGGGUGCUGGGCCUCGCACUGCAUUGUAACUUCUUGCCAUGGACUUGAUUUAAAAUGUUACUAUGAGCUUUAAAAGCAAUAUUUCUACGUAGGACUGAGUUAUAUAUGAUAUUUAAAGUGACAUGAACCCACAUGCAGGUACUUUUACAGCAUGUUAUUAAUAGUCCAUUUUUGUUAUUGUAGUAACUGUUAAUUUUAUUGUGAAAAUAAUUGUAUACUUGAAUGCAAAAUUUUUGUCAAUGUGACAUUUAGUCAAAUAAAUGAUUAUGACUACAUUGCUCAGUCCUACAUAGACGUUAUGUGACAUCUCUUAAAUUUGGUUGUAAAACUUUGGAAGACUGGAUGGUUGUAUUUGGAGGGAAAAAAAGAAUUAUAUUUAUAAAUAUAUAUAUAGAUAUAUACACACGCGCACACACACAGGCAGAUUUUGCUUAAGCAUUACAUUUUAUUUACUCUGUUUAAUAUUGUCCUGCAUGCUGGAAGAUUUAUUCCGAGUUAUAGUUUGGAAUUUUUGGAUGUGAAUGAAAAAAUAAAGAUUUUUUUCUGUUAAAAGA